GGAAUGGAAAUCCUCAAAUAAUAACAAUAUCUUCGGAUCCGACCAACGGAAAACUAAAUGAUGCAGCUUACAUUCUUUUUAAACCAAUGCACUGGGUGGAGAACAAUACCCUUUUGAUGGUUGAAGCAGGAAUUCAAAGACUACGGUUUAAUUUGGUUAGAGGGAAUGAUGAUGGAUUUCCAGGAAGUAGUAGUUCGAGGGUAAAGCAAGAUGUACUUGUCAAUUCAAGUGGAAAUUUGGCGGAUUCGCAAACACAGCCACCAGUUUUGCAGCCACAAGUUAUGGAUAUGGAUCUACUUACUUUCACCGAAGAUGAGUCAGGAGUACUUUAUACGGAAGUAAAUAACGACACCAUGGUUCAUGAUAAUGAGGUCACUGAGCUCUAUAUCACAUGUGUAUUUCUAACUGAAAGGCGCGCAAUACUUUUUUCUCAAGAAGGUUCCUUUAAUCAAUUCAUCGAAUAUGUUCGACAACGAUUUGGGUCAUCAUUCAACAAUAUUUCUUAUAAAAACAAAGUGGACGAAAUGAUUUCUCUUAAAGAUGAUGAAGACUGGGAUGUCGCGAAAUGGGAAGCAGAGAUGGAAGGCACAAUAAGACUGAAUGUCUAUAUGGGGUGA